GGGUGGGCGAGGCUGCUCCUCUCCGCUCCGCUCGGGCUGGACGGCGCCUCCAUUACCCCGAGACCGGGAGCGGCACACGACGCGAUGGCCCUGGACGGCAUCCGCAUGCCGGACGGUUGCUACGCGGACGGGACAUGGGAGCUCAACGUCCAUGUCACGGAUCUGGGCCGCGACGUGACGCUGCGGGUGACGGGCGAGGUGCACAUCGGCGGCGUCAUGCUGAAGCUGGUGGAGAAGCUGGAUGUCAAGAAAGACUGGUCAGAUCACGCACUGUGGUGGGAAAAAAAGAAAACCUGGCUCCUCAAAACUCACUGGACCUUGGACAAAUAUGGUAUACAAGCUGAUGCUAAGCUCCAGUUCACUCCUCAACAUAAAUUACUUCGUCUUCAACUUCCGAACAUGAAGUAUGUGAAAGUGAAAGUGAAUUUCUCUGAUAGAGUCUUCAAAGCUGUAUCUGAUAUCUGUAAGACUUUCAACAUCAGACACCCGGAGGAACUCUCUCUUUUGAGGAAACCCAGAGAUCCGACAAAGAAAAAAAAGAAAAAGCUAGAUGAUCAGUGUGAAGAUGAAGCACUGGAACUGGAGGGACCGUUAAUCACUCCAGGAUCAGGCACUGAUGUUCUUUACAUCGGCCCCGUGAAAGGAAACAUAUAUUCAAGCCCUGGACUUUAUAGUAAAACUAUGACGCCAACAUACGAUUCUCACGAUGGAAGUCCUCUGUCUCCAACUUCAGCUUGGUUUGGAGAUAGUGCUUUAUCAGAAGGAAAUCCUGGCAUACUUGCUGUUAGCCAGCCAAUCACUUCCCCAGAAAUCUUAGCAAAAAUGUACAAGCCACAAGCGCUUCUUGAUAAAGCUAAGAUCAACCAAGGGUGGCUGGACUCAUCAAGAUCUCUCAUGGAGCAAGAAGUGAAAGAAAACGAGGCCUUACUGCUUCGGUUCAAAUACUACAGCUUUUUUGACUUGAAUCCAAAGUAUGAUGCAAUCAGAAUCAACCAGCUUUAUGAGCAAUCUAAAUGGGCUAUUCUUUUAGAAGAAAUCGAAUGUACGGAAGAAGAAAUGAUGAUGUUCGCAGCAUUGCAGUAUCACAUCAACAAGCUGUCAAUCAUGUCCUCAGAAAAUCACUUGAACAACAGUGACAAAGAAGUGGAUGAAGUAGAUGCUGCCCUUUCUGACUUGGAAAUUACUUUGGAAGGUGGUAAAACAUCCACUAUUCUGGGUGACAUCACUUCAAUUCCUGAGCUUGCCGACUACAUUAAAGUAUUCAAGCCUAAGAAGCUGACGCUAAAAGGUUAUAAACCAUAUUGGUGCACCUUCAAAGAUACUUCUAUUUCCUGCUAUAAAAGCAAAGAAGAAUCCAAUGGGACUCCAGCUCACCAAAUGAACUUAAGAGGCUGUGAGGUUACCCCUGAUGUAAACAUCUCUGGUCAGAAGUUUAAUAUCAAACUUCUGAUUCCAGUUGCGGAGGGUAUGAAUGAAAUCUGGCUUCGCUGCGAUAACGAAAAGCAGUAUGCACACUGGAUGGCAGCCUGCAGGCUAGCGUCCAAGGGCAAGACCAUGGCAGACAGCUCCUAUAACCUAGAAGUUCAGAAUAUCCUGUCAUUUUUGAAGAUGCAGCAUUUGAACCCAGACCCACAGCUAAUGCCAGAGCAGAUCACAACGGACAUUAAUCCCGAAUGCCUGGUGUCACCUCGCUACCUUAAAAAGUACAAGAACAAACAGCCAGGCUAUAUAAGAGACUUGAUCACAGCCAGGAUUCUGGAGGCCCAUCAGAACGUAGCUCAGAUGAGUCUAAUCGAAGCAAAGAUGAGAUUUAUCCAAGCUUGGCAAUCUCUACCAGAAUUUGGCAUCACACACUUUAUUGCAAGAUUCCAAGGGGGCAAGAAAGAAGAGCUGAUUGGGAUUGCCUAUAACAGACUGAUAAGAAUGGAUGCAAGCACAGGAGAUGCAAUUAAAACAUGGCGAUUCAGCAACAUGAAACAGUGGAACGUAAACUGGGAGAUCAAAAUGGUCACGGUUGAGUUCGCAGAUGAAGUACGGGUGUCCUUCAUUUGCACGGAGGUGGAUUGCAAGGUGGUUCACGAGUUCAUUGGUGGCUACAUUUUCUUGUCAACGCGGGCAAAAGACCAGAACGAAAGUUUAGAUGAAGAGAUGUUCUACAAACUUACCAGCGGUUGGGUGUGAGUUUGAUGUACUGUUUACAGAGAGAAACCCCCAUGGCCAUAUUAAAUAUUUAACUUUAAAAGCUGUUGUUUGAAAUAUGCUGCUUAAUAAAGUAAGCCUGAAGUGUAUCUUUUUAUUUUUUUUAAUCAUGAAAAUUUUUGCAUUACCCAGAGCAGUUAAUACGUGCACUAAUGAGCACUUCUGUUAAUCUGCUAUAACGAGACAGUACGUGAGCUGUGUUGUGGCACAUUCUGCCUAUAGCCUUUAGACACAAGCCGUGAUGAGCCAGUCGGGAUCUGAUUUAACUGAUGCAAGCUAGCCAAAUUCAUAAGAGAACUCUAAGCCAUCUACUAGAAAGCUGUCCAGGCCUUAAACGAUAUGAAGUCUAUUUAUCAUGUUUAAUGCAUGUGGUUUUUACUUUUGUGCUUUUUCUGUAAAUUAGACAUGUUUUCAAAGUUGUUCUACCUUUGAGUAGAAAUUUGAUGUUUAAUUUCACACUACAUGAACUGGCAGGUGCCUGAUGCUAUUUUGAAGAUAAUGUGUGUGGCCUUGAAGAAUGUUCCUCUGUUAGUCUGUUGUAGCGUGAUUUAUUUGUUAACUUUCCUUUUGAUAAUCAUUUAUAUUGUCUUUUUUUUUAUUUUUACACCGUAUUGUAUUACAACACUUUUAGUAUUCACCAGCAUAGUCACUGUCUGCCUAUGAUAUGCAAACCUUUUCAUUAUGAUAUGAAGUAAAGGUCUAUGAAGUAUAGGUUUUGUGUAACUAAUGUAAAAACACAAAUUUUAUAAAAUUGUACAGUUUUUUUAACUAGUCUCACAAGCCAGCUAGAGUACUGCAUAGACCUAGUGCAUCAGCAUUAAUGCUAUUAGGCUUCUAAAAGAUAAGGGUAGCAGUUUAGGAACAGAUAAUUGCAGUUCAGUACCUUUUUAUCUAAGUUAAGUCUGACUUUUGUUAGAGCCAGGCCACAGUGUCUUUAAUAGGCCUGCCUGGAGUCAGCAGGUCCCACCUGUGCACCAGCACCAGUGCCGAGGGAGCCUGACCCACCUCAUGCCAAGGAAUUACCAGUCUCGUGUCCCAGUAGCCUGUGGUGGAAAGACUACAUAUAAAUGCAUUGUAUUUUAAAUAAAAGGAAAUCUUUUAUUUAAUA